AUGGGAACUACUGAGUCACAGACUGAACCACUAAUUGAGAACCUGGAGAAAAGACAUGGUCAGCCCUGGAAGCACAAAAAGGAUCUCUUGUUGGAGAUCCCUUCUUUGUGGAAUAUUCUUUUGAGCUUACCUCUUCAGUUACAAAUUUUGAGGUGGCAGUUUGUACAGAGUGGAUGGAUCUGCUUACAGGCUCUUGGUGUCUGCCUCAAGACAGUGACCCUGAAGUCCUUCUCAACAGGCUACUCUCAAGGAGUUCUUCUCUCAGUCUGUGUUCCUACAUGGUCAUGUUCAGCUUCAGGAGAGUUUAUCCCAUGCUUCACAUGGAAAGGAGAACUGGAAAAAAAAAAAAAAGGACUUAAGGCUCAAAGUUUCUCAAGGUUUAAAGACUAUCAGACCAAGCAGGAAGGAGUCAAGUGGAUGGGGCUAUGCUUUUUCAGUGGUGCCAAGCAACAGGACAAAGAGAAACAUGCAAAGACUGGAACAGGGGAAGCUGUAUCUGAACAUGAGAAUUCCCUGUGUACUCCAGUUGUUGUAACCUUCACCCGUUUGUUUUUCCUGGGAGACCGCAGCUUGGCCAAUUACCGAGGUGACACCAAUAUGGUGAACAGCAAAAUGGCGCUUUUAUGGAACAAACACGUGCUUAUAUAUGGAGGGGGAGGUCCUAACGCGUUACAACCCGAAGAGGGUGCAAGCGCCUAA